AUGCCGGAAGGUUCAUCGAAAAUUGUUGUACCGGAAGGAAAAGUACCGGACGAGUUGGAGAAGCAAGUAUCAAAUGCGAUCGCUGAUUUAGAAAGUAAUUCCGAUAUUCGUGCUCAAUUGCGUGAACUUUACAUUGUCGGCGCGAAGGAAGUUGAUGUACCAAAUGCUAGUAACAAAAAGAGUAUCAUCGUCUAUGUGCCUGUACCACAAUUGCGACAGUUUCAAAAAAUUCAGCCUCGCCUUGUGCGCGAAUUGGAAAAGAAAUUUAGUGGCAAGCAUGUCGUAUUUAUUGCCAGGCGUCGUAUAUUACCAAAACCUAAACGUGGUAAGAACAGGAAACCACAAAAACAGAAGCGUCCACGUUCACGUACUCUAACUGCGGUGCAUGAUGCAAUGCUUGCUGAUUUAGUAUAUCCUGCUGAAGUUGUCGGACGAAGAAUUAGAGUGAAGUUAGAUGGGAAGCGUAUCAUGAAGGUGCAUCUUGAUAAAACUCAGCAGACAAAUGUUGAACAUAAGGUGGAUACAUUUUCUGCGAUCUACAAGCAUCUUACAGGAAAAGAUAUUGCUUUCGAAUUUCCUGAACCUCUUUUUUAA